AUGAAAAGUUCAAAAUGGUUAUUCUUUUCAUUUUUUCUAACUCAAAUCUAUAUUUCUGGAACUUUUAUGAGUCCAACAUCAAUUGAUUGGUGUCGAUAUUUUCAACGUUUGCAUAUUUAUAAACCAGAAUGCAAGUUUUAUGAUGGUCAAAUUGUUGAAACUGGUUAGUUUGAAGAAAUCUAACUUCUCAAAUAUCAAAUGAUAACUUCACUAAUCCAAUAAAAACCCUCAAACUCGACAUUGAAAUUUUAUAAAAAUGACCAACCUCCUCAAAACCCAAAAAUACUCACUCAAUUAUAAUAUUUUCCAGCAAUCCAAGCUCCAAAAGCAUAUCCAUUAGCUCGAAUUAAUAUUCCUCAAUGUUCAGCUCAUUAUAUGUAUUGCACAACAAACAAUCAAUGCGGUCCAGGAUAUUUGGUAUAAAGUUUUCCGCGUGAAAAUGGGAUAUUUUCUUUGGGUUACUGUAGAUAUUGUUUCAGCGCUGCAUUGACAUGACAAAAUAUCGCGAAUGUUGUGCACCAUUCAAAAGACAAUGUCCACCAAUUGAUUAUUUGAGCUUCAGGUAAAAAAUAACUUCUAGACAAUCCGAAUAAUCAUAACACUUCCAGAUGUGUGGUUCGUGAUCCAAAUGGUUGGUGUUCAAAAGAUUCAGAUUGUUCAUCAACUUCAAAUAAGUUAUGUUGUCCAACUGGUUGUAAUUAUAAUAUUUGCGUUUGA